CGCAGUCUGGCAGCAGUGGCGCCCGAUGUGGAGACGGGCUGUGCGUGUCGGGGUUGUGAGUUGGGCUCUACGGCGAGGCCUGUUCACCAUGCAGCUGAAGACGGUGGAGUUUGAGUCGCUGUUUACCGAUGGCCUGAAGUGUGUGGCAGAAUUGUUCGGUAAAAACAACCACGAGUUGAGAAUAGCUGGCGGCGCCGUCAGGGAUUUGCUAAGCGGGAAGCAGCCCGAAGACGUGGACUUCGCCACCACGGCCACCCCUGAACAUAUGAAAGAUUUGUUUCAAGCUGCUGGCAUUCGGAUGAUCAACAACAAAGGGGAGAAGCAUGGCACCAUUACUGCAAGAGUGCAUAAUCAGAACUUUGAGAUUACUACAUUGCGAGUUGAUGUUGCAACAGAUGGAAGGCAUGCUGAAGUAGAGUUUACAACAGAUUGGCAGACAGAUGCGGAACGAAGAGACCUUACAAUCAACUCCAUGUUUUUAGGCCUUGAUGGUACUUUGUAUGAUUAUUUCAAUGGUUAUGAGGAUCUGAAAAACAAGAAAGUCCGAUUUGUUGGUGAUCCAGCACAAAGGAUACAAGAAGACUAUUUGAGAAUAAUGCGAUAUUUUAGGUUUUAUGGCAAGAUUGCUAAAGAAUUGGGAGACCAUGAUCCCAAGACACUAAAGUCGAUAAAACAACAUGCAAAGGGCAUGGCUGGAAUUUCUGGCGAAAGAAUCUGGUUUGAGCUGAAGAAAACUUUAGUUGGAAAUCAUAUUGCUCACCUUGUCAGUCUAAUGUAUGAACUGGAUGUAGCUCAGUAUAUUGGAUUACCAGUUAUUAAUGGCAACCUGGGGGAACUGAACAGGGUAUGCAAAAAUGUGCAGCAUCAUUGUCCAAAACCCAUGACAGUUCUCUCAGCAUUGUUUCGAACACAAGAUGAUGUUCUAAGACUUGACUUAAGGCUAAAGAUUUCAAAAGAAGAAAAGCAACUUGGCUUAUUCCUAGUUAAGCAUCGAAGAGAUUUGAUAAAAUCUGAUGGUUCUGAUCCAUUAAAACCUUAUAGAGAUUUCAUUAUUGAUUCCAGAGAACCAGAUAUGCAAAACAAAGUGUGUGAGUUGCUGAAGUACCAAGGAGAGGAGAAGUUACUGAAGGAAAUGGAGCAAUGGUCCAUACCACGCUUUCCUGUCAGUGGCCAUGAUCUACGAAGAAUAGGAAUAGUUUCUGGAAAGGAAAUUGGGACAAUGUUGCAAGAACUUAGGGAUAAGUGGAAACAAAGUGGUUACCUGAUGGAUAAGGAAGAACUAUUGAGUUUUGUAAAAAGUCCUUGAAUACUUCUGACUGGCCUCAGUGAUUCAGGCAUUGAAAUCAUUCAUUGUUUACUCAGUGUGUGUGUGUUAGACCUCUAGCCAUCACUCUUGGUUUCUAAAUUAUGUGUACAAUAUAUAUGCUUCAUUUAUUGUAAGUUCAACUGUUUUGUUUUCUUGUGUCACUAGGAUCACUAUUUUGAUUGCAUGUUCACUGGCUCUGUUAAAUAAUUGGAUUCUACUCAGUUGGAUCAUAUGUACAGAUGACUGGUUAAUUCUGUUCAUGUUUGAAAUUGAAACAGCUUUUAUUAUUAGAAGUAUUGCUGUUGUGUUAGAUGAUAUACCAUCAAGAACUAGAUCUUAACCUGCUUAUAUAAAUUGAGUUUGUGUUCACUCACUAAUGUUCUAAUUUGAAUAGAAUCUAGUAUGCAAGAUAUUUAAAAAAUUAAAAAAAAACUCCCUACAUGAAAAAAAUUAUCUUGUUUCCCAUGAUCUUUACCUCUAGUCACAAACAAAAUCAUUUAUCCAUGCAAGAGUGAGGUUGUGACUUGAAGCUUCUGGUCUGCCUCAAGAUCAAUAUUGCUGUGAACAGAUAAGCUAAGGUUGUGAAAAGAAAAUUUUAAAAGUUUUUUUUCAGAGUCCUAAAAUUUGUUUAAGUUGAUUUAAGCAUUGUGGGGGAAAAAAUUAGAGGCUAUUCUGUCAAACAUUUGCAAUUUGAAAAGAUGUGUCUGCUUCUAACACUAUCCCAGCAGCCCAUUCAAGGCAUCUACCAUGCUGUUCAAACAAAAACCGCAGGCCCUAACACUCCAGGUAAAACAACCCAGGUUUGUCCAAACAGAUACAACUCUGUUUGGGUUACCCGGAGAAACUGGAGGUAGUAAAACAUUGCAUACACAAUGGCCAUAGGAUUGACCUGCACAAAAUUACUGUGCUGUGUCAGUGGCUUUUGGGACCAUCUGGUAAAGGAAGUGAUGGAAAUAAGCUAAAUUUUAAGAAAGAUAAAGUCUUGCUCUAAGUAAGAACUGGAAUUUGAUUGUAAACAAAGUGGAACAGCAGAAACUUGACAACAGGGAUCUGUAUACCACCAAAGUAGAAGUGCCUAAGCAUCAUCCCUAAAGAAGAUUGUGGAGUUUUUCAUUGAAAUGUAGGUAAAAAUCGAUAUCUGUACCUGGCUGGAAGUCUGAGAAAAGUUUGUCAUUUGCUGAGGAAGCAUUAGAUCCUUUUCAAACAAGUAGCUUAUUUGCCUUAAUUGAUCUGGGCUUAGAACAUAAAAGUUGGGAGGUUAUAUUGCAACUUUACAAAUGCUGGUAAAUAAUACUUGGGAGUACUGUGUGCAGUGUAGCUCUGGUCACUGAAGAGGGUGCAGAGAAAGACAUUAUGGGGAGAGUUUGGAAAGGCUGAACUUGUUUUUCAUAAAGCAAUGGGGACUGAGGUGUGAUGUGCCAAAAGUUUAGUUAUGUGAGUCAAAUAGGGUUAAAUAGUUAUAGGGUAGACAUCUUUUCUCCCCAGGGUUGGGGUAUCAGUUUCAAGAGGGAACUAGUCUAAUCUGUGAAGGAGUUUAAAGGGUGUCUAAAGAAUUUUUUAAGGGGUUGAUAACUUGAAUACUGUCAUUAAUUUCAUUUCAGAGGCAUUUAGACAUAUUUGUAUGUGUCGGGCAUUAAAGGAAAUGGACCUAAUGUUUUUAUGUUACCUUAAGGGAAGAUGCAUUGAUUACUUAACCACUGUUCCUUGUAGCAUGCCAAGAUGCAUUCUUUGGACAAAUGGCUCAUCCUUUGCUAAUCCACAAGACUGCUAUGCUUGCUUAUUUUAAAGAGGUUGAAUAUUAGCAGACGCAAAAUGACUGGGGAACGAGGGUCUUCUGAACUAAUAUCAUUAGUUUGUGUUACCUUGGUGCAUCUUAAGUUGGGGUGUUGCUCAUUCAUUAAGAAAUGUUUCAAAUAAAGACGGUAAGACAUAGGGCAGA